AUGGAGCCAGUUAGCGAGGAAGCAAUCGUGAUAGGGAUCUCCGGGCCCUCGAGCAGCGGCAAGACAACCCUCGCACGGUUACUGCAACGCGUGUUCUACGGCGUGCAUCUCAAGCCAAAAGACAAACCUCUAAACACCUUCAUAGUCCACGAAGAUGAUUUCUAUUUCCCAGACGAUCAAAUCCCCUACACAACAACCCGCUCCGGCGCAAGAAUCCAAGACUGGGACACAGCCUCCGCAAUCGACAUCCCCUUCCUCUCGCAAGCACUGCACUACGUGCGCAAAGAAGGGUCGCUCCCACCCCGACUUCGCAGCAAAGAAGACCAGAACAGCCAGACUUCUUCCGGCGUGUCGGAGGAGCUGGUGCAGGAGUUGCGGGGUGUUGUUGGUACUCGAUUGCUGGAUGAAACAGGGAAACGCAAUGAGAAGACCAUUGCGUUCUUAGAGGGGUUUUUGCUGUUUGCGCCUCCCCCGUCUGAAUCCGAGAAAGAAGAACACGUACUUCGUUCUGUACAUGACUCCAUAGAUCUUCAUUUAUUCCUGCCUGCGGCGUAUGAGCUUGUUAAGGCUAGACGGGAGGGGAGGAGUGGGUAUGUGACUGUUGGGGCGGCGCCGGAACCACCGGUGGAGACUGGGGAUGGGGGACAUGGAAAGACGAGGACGGAGGUUGAUCUUCAUGCUGAGGAUGAUCGUCCGCCGCAGAACUUCUGGGUCGAUCCGCCUGGGUAUGUGGAUGAUGUUGUUUGGCCGCGGUAUGUGACGGAUCAUGCUUGGUUGUUGGUUGCUGAGGAUGAAGAUGGGGAUAAGAAAGGAAGUCAGGUUACGGCAGAGGCUGAUCUUGUUCGGAGGGUUGGGGAUGGGACUAGGGCUAGGACCGAUGUCGGGGUGGAGGUUGCACCGGGCUGUGGGAGUGCAGGGAUGGAGAUUAUUUUGAGGUGGGCUGUCGACUUGAUUCUGGGAUAUUAUUUGGAUCGGACGUCGGUAUAG